AUGGGGCGCAGUUUGACCUGGCUGGGGUUUGGGGGGCUUGUCUGGGGUUGCUUCGGUAUGUUCCUCCUGGACCGCGGCAUGGCCUGCGAUCCGGGGCACUCUCCCCAAGAGAUAGAAGAACCCCAGUAUGUGAGCGUGCAAAGUCCAGACAUCGACAGUGAAUUCAUGUCUGCCAUUGUCCAUUCCUUUCUGCGUGCUGUCCAACCAAACGAUUUCCCUACAGACCUGCUGGUUGGAGUGAUUAAGGACCCAAAUGCCUUUUUAAACCAGGACAAGGUGAAAGAGUUCCUGGUUUAUGAAGUAGGCUUCCUGGUGUGUGUGGCCAUUGGAAUCCUCUACAUCGUCCUCAUGCCCUUGAUUGGUUCUUGCUUUGCCUGCUGCCGUUGCUGUGGUAACUGCGGUGGUCGUAUGUACCAGAAGCAGAGUAGGCAUGUCCACUGCAAGAGGAGAGGAUUUUAUUGGGCCACUUUUCUUGUCACUCUUAUUAUACUGGCAGGGAACAUCUGUAUGUUCUUUAGCAACGAGGCCACCCACAAAACGGUGGAAAACAGCCCAGAGAAAAUCAGCACCACUCUGAGCAAUUUGGAUGUCUAUCUCACAAGCACAGAACAGCAAGUUCAUGAAGUGGUGAACGAGAGCAAACUGACUGUGGAUGAGGUUUCAAACAACCUAAAUGGCAUUGGCAACCUGCUUGGCCCAGAUAUCCAAAGUAAUCUGAGAGGUCCUAUCUUCAGUGCAUUGGACUCUGUGAGAAACACAGCCAAUGUGGUGAACAGUACAAGCGUUCUUCUGCUCCGGCUGAACGAGACCCUGGGUCGCCUGCAGCCGAAGCUGGACAAACUGCAGACGAACCUGACGGACGUGAGGAGCCGAAUCAAUCAGACGCUGCACAAAUCCAGCUGCAUAGGGUGUCAGGCGUUUGUGCCACGACUGAACCAGCUGUCUGUAAACACCAAGCUGAGUUUCCCUGGUUUGAACGAUCUCCAGACCGCUGUGGACCAGGCUGAGAAGGCAAACCUCAACUCAAAAGUGAAGGAGGGGCAAGAUUUCUUUAACAAUAUACCGCAGAUGGUGACAGACAGAACAAAGGACAUUGUAAACAGUGCUCAGCAACAACUUCAGAACAUCAAAGAACAGGUCACCAAGGUGACGGAUGAACUUCCCCUGGAUACACUGGCGGAGAUUUCCCAGUCACUCACGCAAGCACAGGACAGCAUAAAAUUGUACUCUCCUGAGGUGGAGUGGGCGGAGAGAAUCCGGUGGUCUAUUGGGGUCGUUCUCUGUUGUCUGGUCCUGCUGAUUGUGGUGUGUAAUCUGUUUGGCCUCUUGCUGGGUCCCGUGGGCCUGAAGCCUAAAGUUGACCCCAAGGAGAGGUCGUGUACCUCGGACUGCGGAGGCGUCUUCCUGAUGACGGGCGUGGGAUUCAGUUUUCUCUUCUCCUGGAUCUUCAUGCUGGUCGUGCUGAUACUCUUCCUGGUGGGCGGCAACUCUUACACGCUCCUCUGCAAGCCGUGGCAGGGCGGAGAACUCUAUCAGCUUAUGGAUACUCCAGGACUGAUUCCGGGGUUCCCGCCCUCUGUGGGGCAAAUCAACGUGACAAUCAACGGCAUUUACACUGAUUGUCAGCAAAACAAACCUCUGUGGAGCACUCUACACCUGGACCAGCUCGUCGACCUCAACGACUUUCUCAACGUGUCCAAAUACACAGGGGAUAUUGAGAAACAAUUUGAGAACAUUAACAUCACUCUACCUCACCUGGAUCUGCUCAGUCAGAGCGUCCGUAAUGAGCUCAAGAGCUUUUCGCAGAAGGCCGCCAACGUGAACUUCAGCAGCAUCUCUCAACAGAUCAAUACUUUCUAUCGGACUAAUUUGAGUAUAUUUGCUGAUGAACUGGACACUUUAGCUCGAAGUCAGCCAGCUGCCAUCAAAGCUGAGCUACAGGGUGAAGCCCAAGAUCUGAGAAACAUUCAGACUGAAAUUGACAGGAGCAUCAAACCUGACCUGGUGAAUCUCAACUCCACUGUGAACAGCCUCAGUCUCACAGCAUCGCAAAUGAACGCUACGGUGGAGUCUGUGUUGGAGAAAGUGGGAUUUGCUCAGGACUUCUUGGACGUAAACACGACAGAGAUGGUGAAAUCUGAAAGUAGGCAGUUCCUGGACUGUCAGUUGGGGUACUUUACGAGACUGACCGACUGGGCAAAUCGCACAAUCACUCAGGAGGUGGGACGGUGUGGCCCUGUGGCAGGAGCUUUGGACGACGCCGAGACAUUAGUCUGUUCUCGCAUCGUCGAGUCUCUGAAUGCCUUCUGGUUCAGUCUGGGAUGGUGCAUUCUGUUCUUCAUCCCCAGCAUCAUCCUCUCCGUCAAGACGGCCAAGUUCUACCGCAGGAUGAAGUACUCAGACGUUUAUCAUAAUGACUUUGUGAUGAAGAGCAUUCCGCGGCCCGCGGUCAGACCUUCCUGA